GCGAGAUUACUUUAACCGCGGGAAAUUCAAUUAUUGCGGGAAACUUUGUGCCGUCACAUUCGUGCGAAGCCUGAAAAGAAAUUGUGUGGUUGACAUUGUCUUUCAGAAAUGAAACCUAUGAGAUAUGCUCACAGCGACGGACACACCGUCCUGUGUUUUGAUGAUUCUGGAAGGUACAUGCUAACUGGUGGGACAGAUGGGGAUGUCAGGGUGUGGCAGGGCAUCGACGAUGAUGAUGCAGUCUCCCACAGAGUUGGAGAGAAAGUAUAUGCUGUUGCUUUUAAGAAUAAUCGUUUCUACACGGCAUCAGAGGCCAACUCUGUACAGACACAUACCUUUCCUGAUGGUUCCCCUGAUGGCAUCGUGACGCGCUUCACAGGCGCCGUGUCACACAUGUGCCUCAACAAGUCUGGCAGUGUGAUGGUGGCCGCAUCAAGUGACUUCACUGUGAAACAUGUUGAGGUUGAGACCAGUAACCAGAAGGUGUUCCACGGUCACCAGGCCCCAGUCCUCAGUGUGUCUCUCCACCCCCAGGAGGAACUACUGGCCUCCUCCAGCUGUGAUGGCAGUGUUAAAGUGUGGAAGGUGGCAGACCAAUCUUGUGUCAAGUCUUUGGAGGAUAGCAUACCGAAGUGUUCAGACAUCAGUCUCUCCAAGACGCUGUGUCGCUUGACCUGGUCGCCGGACGGCAAGAACCUACUGGUGCCGAGAGAAAAGGAAAUAGCCAUCUACGAAAACAACACGUGGCAGAAAAGUGUCAUCACUCACGAGGCUCUCACUGGGACUGUGUCCAUCUUAACAUUUUCGCCUCCCGGGAACCUGCUGGCUGCUGCAUGCUGUGAUGGGUCUAUCGUUGUCUUCGAUUGGAACACACGCAAGUGUGUAGAAAAGCAGCGGCAUGACAAGGGUCUGAACAUCUGUGCUCUAGCCUGGAACCCUAGCAACUCCUCCCAGCUCGCGCUCUGUGAUACGGAGGGACAGCUAGGGGUGCUUGACCUGGCAACGACAGAUAAGCCUGCUUGUCUUCCACAGCCUGAUGGGGACGAGCAGAUGAAUGCAGGGCAGUUUGCUGGAGUUUUUGAUGAUGAUGAUGAUCUGCUCCUGGAAGCCAGUAAUGUUGGCCCUGGCAACGAUGACGAGGGAACACCCGAUCCUGCGGAAGGGGAGACGCCAAGCACAAAGAAAAGCCAGCCACUGAUAGAUGAUGAUGAUGAGGACGAUGAUGAUGGAGACUUCCUGAAAGACAUCAAGCUCUUACCGAAGGACGAUGAUGCCAGCAGUAUUGCAGACAGUUUACCACCGCCUGCCACCAUUGUGCCGACCAACACCUUCAAGCCAACUCCCAUGCAGAGGCCUUUCCAGCCUGGGUCCACACCAUCACACCUGUCGAGCAGGUACAUGGUGUGGAAUGAUGUGGGCAUCGUGAAGCAAUACGUGAGUGAUGAGGAGAACUCCAUUGAUGUGGAGUUCCACAGCACGGCCACGCACCAUGCCAUGCACCUGACAAACAGCCUGGACUGUCACCUGGCCACACUCACUUCCACGGCACUGGUGCUGGCCUGCUCAGCUGAAGACGACGUCCCCAGUAAGGUGAUGUGCAUGCAUUUUGGGUCAUGGGACAGCAGCAAGGAAUGGACGGUAUGUCUGCCCGAGGGAGAAGAGGCCCAGGCGGUCACGGCUGGUGCUGGCUGGGUUGCCGUAGCUACUGAUGCCAGGAAUCUGAGGAUAUUCAGUGAAGCUGGCGUCCAGCAGGAUCUCUUCUCCAUCCCUGGCCCAGUUGUCUCCCUUGCAGGCCACGACAGUACGCUCCUGAUAACAUACCACGCUGGCAUGGGAAUUCCUGGAGACCAGUUUUUGGGUGUUAUAAUCACAGAAGUUGGGAGUCAAAAGAAAACUUUGCUGAAUGGAAGCCCACUCUCCAUGUCGCCCAAAUCUACACUGCAGUGGCUAGGAUUCUCAUCCGAGGGCACACCCUUCUCCAUGGACUCCGCUGGCAUAGUGCGGAGAAUGAGUUCCACAGGGAGUCCGACAUGGAUCCAGGUGGCCGACACACAGGAACAUGCAAAGGGCAAGUCGGAUCAUUACUGGAUUGUGGGAGUGGGGGAACACCCACAGCAACUCAGGUGUAUCCCUUGCAAGGGAGCCAGAUAUCCUCCCACCCUGCCACGCCCAGCUGUGUCAGUCAUCCCCUUCAGGCUGCCGAUGUGUGAGAUGAACACAGAGAAAAGCCAGUACGAGGAAACUUUCCUAAGGACCUGCCUGUUUGCUUCGUCACUGAGGGUGCCAGGGGCAGACAACUCUGACCUGCAGGAGGCUCUGCGCCCAGCACAGGAGGCUCUCAUCAAGCUGUUUGCCCUGUCAGCCAGGUCCGACCGGGAAGCGCGGGCUCUCGAGGUGUGCGAGAUGAUGCAGGAGGAGCACACGAUGCAGCUGGCCAUCAAGUACGCCAGUCGCCUCAAACACAUGCAGCUGGCCCAACGCAUCAGUGAGCUGGCACAGAGACGAGCUGAAGAAGAAGACGAAGAGGAGGAGGUAGUUGAAGAAAGUGAGGACAUUGCCUGCUCUCGAAGGAACGGAAGUGUGGCGCAGCAUGAUGAGGAAAACAUGGAAGAAGAAGACGAAGAGGCUGAUGUUGAGGAGGAAGAUGAUACAGAUCACAGUACUGGACCCAAACUGAACCUGCAGCCCCGAGAAGUUCAGGCCAAGACAGCCAGCAAGUCCGUUCUGGCUCGUUCUAACCCUUUCAAGGUUUCCAGUCAGCGUUCUAUUGGUCAUCCCACCAAGGGGAGUCAAGUGUUUGACAAACUCUCCUCGAAGACCGACAAGUCGGACAAGCCGAUUGUGCCUCUUCCUGUCACUAUCCGAACCAGCAAGUCAGGCGGCAGCAAGAAGACGAAGACGAUUUCCAACAUGUUCAGCAAGAACAACAGUGCUGACAGCAAUGCCUCCAGCCACGCUGCAGAACCCAAGGCAGACCCAGAAACCCAGAACAGCAAGCCGUCGGUCAGUGGCUUCCAGUUAUGGCUGGAGGAGAACCGUGAGGAACUGGAGGAGGAGAGACCGGACCUCAGUCACGAAGACUUGAGUCAGGUGGCAGCCGAGAGGUUCCGUGCUCUCCCUAAGGAAGAGAGACAGACCUGGUCACAGAAAGCCAAGUCAAAAUCAGCUGCCACUACAAGUCCUGAUGGCCGCAAGCGGAAGCGCGUGGAGGAAGACAGCAGUGAGAAGCCAAGCAAAAAGUCCACCGUGAGGCCUCCUCUGUCACAGUCAACCAACACAAAACUGAGUAGCUUCGCCUUCUCGAAAGACUGAGUGCAAAGCUUUCUAUUGGCAAGUCAGUUUGAAGCUGGCCAUGUGAAGCUUUCCUCCCUUCAGACACAGCUGUGGACAGUAGCUUCAGACACAGAUCUAGACACAGCCACUGGAGCAGCAAGGAGUCCGGGCUUGUGAUUCCCAACAGUCAUGAACACGAUGUAUGGGGUGUAUAUAAUAUAUAAUGUAUAAAUUGUAACAUACAA